AUAGAUGAAAUGAUUCGGGAACAUGUCUUUUGCUAAAAAAAAGUGUUGGGAAAGUGGAUUAGAGCAUCUUACAUACCUAAAUCAAGAAGUAGCAGUUUGUAUGCAGUUUUGAGAUUGUAGAGACAUAUACUUGUGAUGUUCUUCUGUUCUUUGACUACAAAAGCACCCUCCUUUCAGCUCCGAACAUUCGCGGCGGCAUCCCUAAACUAAGGUUUUUGUCAUAAUAGUCAAAAAGGUUCCUUUGCCUCGGUUUUUCUUCUUCCAUUUUCGAUCAAUUUUGUUUCUCAACACGAAAGCAUAAAUCUUUCACUCUUACCAUGGAGCACCCAAACUUCUUCUUCGGUGAAGAAGAGGAUGACAUGGCCCAUCUCACAGACCCGCUUGUUUUUCCGACUUUGGAUCCUUCUUCCAGAGACCCUUCGCUCGAAGACAACGACUUCUCAGAAACUGCAAAGUUCAUCAGCCAGAUCCUCAUGGAAGAGAACGUCGAACACAAGCCAUUCUACGACUCACUCACCUUGCAAGUUACCGAGAAAUCCUUCUACGACGCUCUCGCCGGUAACCUACCUCCUUCCCCCAAUCAACACCCCCUUGCUUUCAGUCCUGAAGCUGAAACCACCACCACCACCACCACCACCGCCAGCACCAGCAGCAACAGCAGUAACAACAAUUUUUCAGAUGAAAAUUCCAGUGAGUUGAAGCUUCCUUCUCCAGAUUCUGUUUUUAAGUUUAACUCCCGCGCCCUUUCUCAACCGUCUCCCUCAAUUACCGCCAACCAUGGACUCCAAGAUUUGGAUUUUUCUAUUGCCAAACUCUUAUCACAGAAUAUUUUCAAUGAUGUGGACUCCGUUUCCCAGUUUAGGCGGGGCCUGGAGGAAGCUAGCAAGUUUCUUCCUCCGGGACCUAACCUUGUGACUGGUCUAGGUUCAAACGGAGAACAAGCGUUCAAUAAGUUUGGAGACACCUCGUAUGGGUUGAGUGGGAAAAAUCACAAGAGGGACGAGAGAUACGCUAUAGAGGAGGAAGAAGAAGAAGAAGGGAGAAGUAACAAGCAGACAGCACUUUCCCAUGUCGAUGAAAGUGACUUGUCUGAUGCUUUCGAUCGGGUGUUGCUUCAUGAGGGAAACAUGUGUAGCCAAAUCAAUUCUUUGCCAGGUGGAGCAGUGAAGGUUGAUGAAGCAGAUGGAGGGAAGAGUCGUUCAAGGAAAAAAGAGAGGAACAAGGAAACAGUUGAUUUGAGGAAUCUUUUGCUGAUGUGCUCACAAUCUGUGUAUGCCAAUGACAACAGGACGGCCAAUGAAUUGCUAAAGCAGAUUAGGCAACACUCUUCUCCCUUUGGAGAUGCAUCACAGAGGUUGGCUCAUUACUUUGCCAACGGCCUUGAGGCACGCUUGGUUGGGGAUGGUACAGUUGCACAGGGCAUGUAUUCUUUUCUGACCUCUAAGAGGAGCUCUGCUGCUGAGUUUCUCAAGGCAUACCAGGUUUUCCUUUCCGCUUCCCCUUUCAAGAAGUUUACAUAUUUCUUUGCGAAUAAAAUGAUUAUGAAAGCAGCUGCAAAGGCAGAAACCAUCCAUAUUAUUGAUUUUGGCAUCCUAUAUGGUUUCCACUGGCCAAUUCUUAUUAAGUUUUUAUCAGAUAGAGAAGGUGGUCCUCCCAAACUGAGGAUCACAGGGAUAGAGUUUCCCCAACCAGGCUUUCGUCCCUCUGAAAGGAUUGAGGAGACGGGUCACCGUCUUGCUAACUAUUGUAAGCGUUACAAGGUUCCCUUUGAAUACCAUGCCAUAGCAUCAAGGAACUGGGAAACUAUUCAGGUGGAAGCCCUUAAAAUUGAGAGCAAUGAGUUUGUUGCUGUCAAUUGUCAUAUGAGGUUUGAGAAUUUACUGGAUGAGUCUAUUGAAGUGGACAGUCCUAGGAAUGCAGUCUUGCAUUUGAUCAAGAAGAUAAAUCCAAAUAUUUUUACUCAGUCCAUCACUAAUGGAUCAUAUAAUGCCCCCUUCUUUGCCACAAGAUUUAGGGAGGCUUUGUUUCAUUAUUCUGCUAUUUAUGAUAUGUGUGACACUGUCAUGCCUCGAGAAAACGAAUGGAGGUUGAUGAUUGAGAGAGAGCUUUUGGGCCGGGAGGCUAUGAAUGUUAUAGCAUGCGAAGGUUCUGAGAGAAUUGAAAGGCCUGAAACAUACAAACAAUGGCAGGCUAGGAAUACAAGGGCUGGCUUCAAGCAGCUCCCACUGAAUCCGGAAUUGAUGACCAAGUUUAGGACCAAGUUAAAGGAAUGGUACCACAGAGAUUUUGUCUUUGAUGAAGAUAACAAUUGGAUGCUUCAAGGUUGGAAGGGCCGCAUUUUGUAUGCUUCCACUUGUUGGGUGCCCGCAUAAUGUAUGUUACUGAAGUGGGUUCAGAACUCAUACUAGACUAAAGGUUCUGGUACCUACUUGCUUCACCUUCAGGUGCUGUUAUGAAGAUUGUACCAAAAUUUUCACCGUGUUACUUGGUAAAAUUAUGGCUUGACUUUGCUUGUAGGAUAGAGACUUGUAAUCAAAAUAUCGAGUUAUUUUCUUUCUAACCAACAUGUAUUAGCCAUUUCACAUCCUUCUAUUUAAAUCUGUAACACGCUGUCUCUUGAACCAAAUUAGCUACUGAAUUGACAUGAUGUAACAGAUGAUAAUGUUCAGUUUGUUUUUCCGGUGAUGCUUGCAA